AAUGUAAUGUCAUAUAAGGUAAUAAAAAAAAAAAAAGCGAAGUAGAGCUCACCCUAACAUAGCACAGCACAGCACUGCGAAUAGGGCGGACGGACGGACGAGCGUGCCCGACCUAAUCGCGAUACCUUGCUUUGCUCCUUUUCCCCAAAAUAUAAGGCCACGUGGAUGGAAGCGAAACGAAUUUGUUAAUGAACUUGCGAAAGGGGAAGGGGGAAGAAGAACCCUAAGAGGGCACGCCCAGAGCAAUUAGCCACCCACGUAGUAGGUGGGCUUACUUACGCAUUGUGCUGACCCCCCCGUCGGCGGCAUGCCUAUAAAAUGGGCUGCUCACCUAUUGCAGGCAUUUUAGAGCGCCACAUGGGGGGGGCCUCUCUCUUCCUCUCCGGAAAGUGAAAAACCCGCUUCUGCUGCAACGAUAGGAGAGGCCGCGACACACCACGCCCAAGAUGCUUCGAAGCCUCAACGGAAAAACGCUGCUGCUCGCGAACGUCGCAUCAGCAUGCAUAAUUCUAUACGCCCUGCGGAGGUACUGCCCCGAGCAGACGAACAGGAUUUUCAACCAAAUUGAGGGGGUGGCAAAAUGGCUGCUCAAAACGCCGCAACAACUGCUGCACAAAUGGCUAGACGAGUGGAGGAAAAAAAAAAAAAAAAAAAUACACCUUCCCGUAGUGGACAAGGACGUAACCAUCCCUUUAAGUGACGACGAGUUGAAUGAAAAAUUCAUUCGGGCGUGCAACGCAGUGAAGGUGCACAAAGGUCAGCUCAAAUUUGAGCAGUGGAUGUACCUGUAUGGCUUGUAUAAGCAGAUAACCUCUGGGGAUGUGAGUCCAGAUGCAGGUCAUUUAGACAAACCGUUGAGCGGAGAGGACAGCAGGGGUGUAGGAACACCCACGAAGAGGAGAAGUGAAGACGGCAGCUUCCUAAUGGAUGCCAAAAUGAGCGCGUGGGGACAUUUCCGCGGAGUUGGGGAAAGGGUGUGCAAGUUUCUCUACGUGCAGUUUGUGGAGGAGGCCCUUCCCCAGGGGAUAGAAGCGGAGGGCUUAACUGUGGCAUUCGAUUUUACCAAGACGAUGAGCAAGAUGAAGCCGCUGGCGGAGGUGCUCACGGGGGUUCCACAGGGGAGUGUCAAUGAGGGUGACCCAUCUAGAGGCGAUGGGGGCUACCCCACUGGCGGGGACAGCGCCGAUCGCACCGGCAACCUGAGUGACCUCCUCUGCAAAAACGUAGUGCAGGCUAACCUGCAGUAUAUAAAGAGUGCCCUAAAAAGUAACCCCUAUUUGGUAAACAAGAGAAACUCAGAUGGACUCUGCGCCCUGCAUUAUGCGUGCGACAGGGGGUACCUAGACAUUGUGAAGGUCUUAAUUGAGCUCGGCGCGGAUGUGAAUGCAGACGACUCUUGCGGAGACACUGCCCUGCACAUUGCCGCCUAUUCAGGUCAGACGGAAAUUAUUAAAUACUUAACCAGCGCGGGCGCUGACGUUAAUAGGAAGAACUCCGAGGGGCUCACGUUUAACAAGAUACUCAGUCAGGAGGCGGAGCUCUACUAG